UCCAAGGUUCGGUGACCGUACUUAAUAAUUAAUUUCUCCAAGCAAGGACAUGCAGAAAUAUGGCGCUCGCUCCUUGGAACUCCGUCUUGGCUCCGCCCCGCAGUCUCAUUGCUUCUCCUCAACCACUCCCUUUCUUCUCUCUCUCCCUUCCCGUUUCUUCAUCGACGUGCUUUCUGUUGGCGGCCAAAAGGACCGACGUGGCGAUGGGUACUUCUUUCUCUUUCAUCGCUAGUGCUUUUUCUUCUUCUUCUUCUUCCUCUUCGUCGAACCUUUCCACCGCCGGAUUCGACGAAACCGCCGUGGAUGCUCUUGGGAAUGUCCAGGUUCUUACCUCCUCUACCGGGAAGCCGGCGUUCCUUAAGGAUUUAUGGGAUCAGAAGGAGGGAAUAGCUGUGGUUGCACUUCUGAGACAUUUCGGAUGUAUUUGUUGUUGGGAACUUGCUUCUGAACUAAAGGAAUUGAUACCAAGGUUUGAUGCUGCUGGAGUCAAAUUGAUUGCUAUUGGUGUCGGUAGCCCUGACAACGCUCGUAUUCUUGCCCAACGGCUACCAUUUCCGUUGGAUUAUCUUUAUGCAGACCCAGAUCGGAAGGCUUACGAUGUUUUGGGCCUGUAUCAUGGUUUAGGCCGUACCUUCUUUAAUCCAGCCAGUACCAAAGUUUUCUCAAGAUUCAGUUCAAUUCGAAAAGCUGCAGCUAACUACACUAUUUCAGCGACACCGGACGAUAAGAGCAGUGUUCUGCAGCAGGGUGGGAUGCUUGUAUUCAAAGGAAAAGAAUUGUUGUAUGCUAGGAAAGAUGAAGGAACAGGUGACCAUGCACCUUUGGAAGAAGUCCUCAAUAUUUGCUGCAAAGUUCCAGUUGCAUGACAAUAAAUUUUUACAACAUGUAUAGAUAGUAAGAAGUCCAAUAAUUCAACUUUUAUAAGCAAAUGCACAUAAAUUUGUAUUAUUGAUAUUUCUAUGCUCAUGUCUUCAACUUGUAUGAAGCCGAUUCUGUGGUUUUAAACAUUACUAGUGCAUUGAAAUGCUGAAAUCCCACUGCCUUAUGUUGCCUGUUAAA